UCUGUGUCGCUGCCGAGAUCCAAGCUUGGCUCAGUCGUGGUCAGGGCUCCGUGAGCCUCUGCUGCAGGGCACAAGCGAGGGGGACCUUCAGGGAGCCUGCCCUGCCCUGCCCUGAGACAGCUUCCUUCCAGGACUGGGGACAGCAGGUGCAGAGGCACUGCAGCUGCCCCGUUGCCCAGCCUCCUGCAUGAUGCCAGCCCAGUGCCCCCUCAGCUGUGGUCUGGCUCUCCUUCUGUUGCUGGGCACAGCCAGAGCAGGCCCCUUCUCUCCACGGUCCAAUGUGACACUCUCUGCCCCUCGGCCCCCUCCGCAGCCUGGGGGCCGCACCGCAGAAACAGGUGGUGGAAGCCCCUCUUCACAGCUGUACGAGCACACAGUGGAAGGCGGGGAGAAGCAGGUGGUCUUCACCCACCGAAUUAACCUGCCCCCUUCUGCUGGCUGUGGCUGCCCCCCUGGCACGGAGCCCCCCGUCCCUGCUUCAGAGGUGCAGGCCCUGAGGAUCCGGCUGGAGAUGCUGGAAGAGCUGGUGAAGGGGCUCAAGGAACAGUGCACAGGGGGCUGUUGUCCUGCUGCUGCCCAGGCGGGCACAGGCCAGACAGAUGUGCGGAGCCUCUGCAGCCUCCACGGAGUGUUCGACCUGAGCCGUUGCACCUGUUCCUGCGAGCCAGGCUGGGGUGGGCCCACCUGCUCCGACCCCACAGACGCUGCCCUGCCCCCCUCCUCGGCGCCCUCAGCCUCUGGGUCCUGCCCCGACGACUGUAACGAUCAGGGCCGCUGCGUGCGCGGUCGCUGUGUGUGCUUCCCCGGCUACACGGGCCCCAGCUGCAGUUGGCCCUCGUGCCCCGGGGACUGCCAAGGCCGCGGGCGCUGCGUGCAGGGUGUGUGCGUGUGCCGGGCUGGCUUCUCCGGGCCCGACUGCAGCCAGCGCUCCUGCCCUCGAGGCUGCAGCCAGAGGGGACGCUGCGAAGACGGGCGCUGCGUGUGCGACCCGGGCUACACCGGCGAGGACUGCGGGCAGAGGGGCUGCCCCCGAGGCUGCAGCCAGAGAGGACGCUGCGAGAAUGGGCGCUGCGUGUGCGACCCGGGCUACACCGGCGACGACUGCGGGCAGAGGAGCUGCCCCCGAGGCUGCAGUCAGAGGGGGCGUUGUGAGGACGGGCGCUGCGUGUGCGACCCCGGCUACACUGGCGACGACUGCGGCGGGCGGGUCUGUCCCUGGGAUUGUGGCGAGGGCGGGCGCUGCGUGGACGGCCGCUGCGUGUGCUGGCCUGGGUACGCGGGCGAGGACUGCAGCACGCGGACGUGCCCGCGCGACUGCCGGGGCCGCGGGCGCUGUGAGGACGGCGAAUGCAUCUGCGACCCGGGCUACGGCGGGGACGACUGCGGCGUGCGCCGCUGCCCCGGCGACUGCAGCCAGAGGGGCCGCUGUGAGGACGGGCGCUGCGUGUGCUGGCCGGGGUACACCGGGCCCGACUGCGGCACGCGCGCCUGUCCGCGCGACUGCCGGGGCCGCGGGCGCUGCGAGAACGGCGUGUGCGUAUGCAACGCGGGCUACAGCGGCGAGGACUGCGGCGUGCGCAGCUGUCCCGGGGACUGUCGUGGCCGGGGCCGCUGCGAGAGCGGCCGCUGCGUGUGUUGGCCGGGAUACACGGGCCGGGACUGCGGUACGCGCGCCUGCCCUGGAGAUUGUCGCGGGCGCGGACGCUGCGUGGACGGCCGAUGCGUGUGCAACCCAGGUUUCACGGGCGAGGACUGCGGGAGCCGUCGAUGCCCUGGGGACUGCCGGGGCCGCGGACGCUGCGAGAACGGCGUGUGCGUGUGCAACGCGGGCUACAGCGGGGAGGACUGCGGGCUGCGCAGCUGCCCCGGGGACUGCCGAGGCCGCGGCCAGUGCCUGGAUGGGCGCUGUGCGUGCGACGACGGCUACUCUGGCGAGGACUGCGGCGUGAGGCGGUGCCCUCAAGACUGCAGCCAGCAUGGCGUGUGCCAGGAUGGGGUGUGCAGCUGUUGGGAGGGCUACGCCGGCGAGGACUGCGCCACUCGCACCUGCCCCUUCAACUGCCACGGGCGUGGCCGCUGUGAGGACGGGCGUUGCGUGUGCGACCAAGGCUACACCGGCCCUGCCUGCGCCACGCGCACCUGCCUGGCCGAUUGCCGGGGCCGCGGGCGCUGCGUGCAAGGAGUGUGUGUGUGCCAUGCGGGCUACAGCGGCGAGGACUGCGGGCAAGAAGAGCCUCCCGCCAGCGCCUGUCCCGGGGGCUGCGGGCCCCGGGAACUGUGCCGCGCCGGCCAGUGUGUGUGCGUGGAGGGCUUCCAAGGCCCCGACUGCGCCAUCCAGACGUGUCCCAGGGACUGCCUCGGCAGGGGAGAGUGCCGGGAGGGCAGCUGCCAUUGCCAAGACGGCUACGCCGGAGAGGACUGUGGGGAAGAGAUCCCCACCAUUGACAACAUGAGAAUGCACCUGCUGGAGGAGACCACCGUUCGCACAGAGUGGACCCGGGCUCCGGGCCCCGUGGAUGCCUAUGAAAUCCAGUUCAUCCCCACGACAGAGGGAGCGAGUCCCCCAUUCACAGCACGGGUGCCUAGCUCUGCCUCAGCCUACGACCAGAGAGGACUGGCUCCGGGUCAGGAGUACCAGGUCACCGUCCGUGCCCUCCGUGGGACCAGCUGGGGGCCCCCUGCCUCUAAGACCAUUACCACCAUGAUCGAUGGGCCCCAGGACCUCCGCGUGGUGGCCGUGACACCAACCACGAUGGAUCUCAGCUGGCUGCGCCCCCAGGCCGAAGUGGACCGAUUUGUGGUGUCCUAUGUGAGUGCCGGCAACCAGAGGGUGCGGCUGGAAGUGCCCCCGGAAGCAGAUGGAACAGUGCUGACCGAACUGAUGCCAGGUGUGGAAUAUGUGGUGACCGUCACCGCUGAGAGGGGCCGGGCCGUCAGCUACCCAGCCUCCAUCAGAGCCAACACAGGGUCCUCACCCUCAGGCUUCUUGGGGGCUACCGAUGAACCUCCUCCCUCAGGCCCCUCGACGACCCAAGGAGCCCAGGGCCCUCUUCUGCAACAGCGCCCCCAGGAGCUCGGAGAGCUGAGGGUACUGGGCAGAGACGAGACAGGGCGCCUGCGCGUGGCCUGGACCGCCCAGCCCGACACCUUCGCCCACUUCCAGCUCUACCUGCGGGUGCCCGAGUGGCCAAGGGCGCAUGAGGAGCUGCUGCCAGGGGACAGCCGCCAGGCCUUGGUGCCCCCACCCCCUCCUGGAGCCCCCUACGAGCUGUCACUUCAUGGGGUCCCUCCCAGGGGCAAGCCCUCUGCCCCCAUCACCUACCAAGGCAUUAUGGACCUGGAUGAGGAGAAGCCUGGGAAAUCCUCGAGCCCACCGCGCCUGGGCGAGCUGACGGCGACGGGCCUGACCUCCGACUCCCUGCUCCUGCACUGGACGGUCCCCGAGGGCGAGUUCGACUCCUUUGUGGUCCAGUACAAGGACAAGGAGGGGCCCCAGGUGGUGCCUGUGGAGGGGCCGCAGCGCUCCGUCCCCAUCACCUCCCUGGAGCCGGGCCGCAAGUACAAGUUCGUCCUGUACGGGCUCGUCGGCAAGAAGAGGCACGGCCCCCUGGUGGCUGAAGGCAAGAUCUUGCCUCGGAGUGACCCCAGUCCGGGGACAGCACCUCGCCUCGGGAAGCUGUGGGUGACCGACCCUACCCCAGACUCACUGCAGCUCUCCUGGACUGUCCCUGAGGGCCAGUUCGACUCCUUCGUGGUCCAGUACAGGGACAGAGACGGGCGGCCCCAGGUGGUGCCCGUGGAGGGACCUGAGCGCUCCAUCAUCGUGUCUCCCCUGGACGCUGACCACAAGUACAGGUUCGCCCUGUUUGGGAUGGCCAACAAGAAGCGCUAUGGCCCCCUCACGGCUGACGGCACCACCGCCCCAGAGAAGAAAGAGGAGCCCUCCCGACCCGUGUCCCCUGAGCAGCCCGUCCUAGGGGAGCUGACAGUGACUGGCGUGACCCCAGAUGCCCUGCGCCUGUCCUGGACCGUGGCCCAGGGCCCCCUCGACUCUUUCGUGGUCCAGUACAAGGACGCGCAGGGGCAGCCUCGGGCAGUGCCCGUCGGAGGGGACGAGAAUGAGGUCACCAUCCCCGGCCUGGAGCCCGAUCGGAAGUAUAAGAUGAACCUCUACGGACUUCAUGGAAGGCAGCGUGUGGGGCCCGUGUCUGUGGUGGCCAAGACGGCCACGCAGGAGGUGGUGGACGAGACCCCCAGCCCCACAGAGCCCAGCACGGAGGCCCCAGAGCCCCCCGAGGAGCCCCUCCUGGGGGAACUAACAGUGACAGCAUCGUCCCCGGACUCGCUGGGCCUCUCCUGGACUGUCCCCCAGGGCCACUUCGACUCCUUCAGCGUCCAGUACAAGGACAGGGACGGGCGGCCCCAAGUGGUGCGAGUCGGGGGCGAGGAGAGCGAGGUGACCGUGUGGGGCCUGGAGCCGGGACGCAAGUACAAGAUGCACCUGUAUGGCCUGCACGAGGGCCGGCGCGUGGGCCCCGUGUCCACCGUGGGCGUGACCGCCCCACAGGAAGAAGAGGAGACCCCUCCAGCCACAGAGCCCCCCCUGGAGCCACGCCUGGGGGAGCUGACCGUGACGACCGUGACCUCCAACUCUGUGGGCCUCUCGUGGAUGGUCCCCGAGGGCCACUUUGACUCGUUCAUGGUCCAGUAUGAGGACAGGGAUGGGCAGCCCCAGGUGGUACCUGUGGCUGCAGACCAGCUCAAGGUCACGGUCCCCAACCUGGAGCCAGCAAGCACAUACAAGAUGGACUUCUACGGGGUGCAUGGCGGGCAGCACGUGGGCCCCCUCUCUGUGGUGGCCAUGACAGAUCCCCUCCCCUCAGCCCCAGCCACCACAGAGGCCACAGAGCCCCCCGUGGAGCCACGUCUGGGGGAGCUGACGGUGACAGAUGCCACCCUGGAUUCUGUGGGCCUCUCAUGGACAGUCCCCGAGGGCGAGUUUGACUCCUUCGUGGUCCAGUACAAGGACAGGGAUGGACAGCCCCAGGCGGUGCCGGUGCCCUCAGACCAGCGGGCGGUCACCGUCCCCGGCCUGGAGCCCUCCCGCAAGUACAAGUUCCUGCUGUUUGGGAUCCGGGAUGGGAAACGACGCAGCUCAGUCUCCACGGAGGCAAGGACAGCCGCCCGGGGUGACGCCAGCCCAGGGGCCCCACCCCGCCUUGGGGAGCUGUGGGUGACGGACCCCACCCCAGACUCACUGCGCCUCUCCUGGACGGUCCCCGAGGGCCGCUUCGACUCUUUCGUGGUCCAGUUCAAGGACAAGGACGGGCCCCGGGUGGUGCCUGUGGAGGGCCACUUGCACUCUGUCACCGUGAGCCCUCUGGACGCCGGCCGCAAGUACAAGUUCCUCCUCUACGGCCUCGCGGGCAAGAAGCGCCACGGCCCCCUCUCCGCUGACGGCACCACAGAGACCCUGCGUGCUGUGGAGGAUACCGGAACGAAGCGCCCGCCAAAACCGCGUCUGGGGGAGGAGCUGCAGGUGACCGGCGUGGGCCCGGACUCCGUGGGCCUCUCGUGGACGGUGCCCGAGGGCCAAUUUGACUCCUUCGUGGUCCAGUACAAGGACGGGGCUGGACAGCCGCAGGUGGUACCCGUGGAGGGCAGCCUCAGGGAGGUCAGCGUCUCGGGCCUGGAGCCAGCCCACAGGUACAAGCUGCUACUCUACGGGCUGAGCGACAGCAGGCGUGUGGGGCCCAUCUCCGCCAUCGCCGUGACCGCUCCCAGGGAUGAAGCGGAAGCAGAAGCCGAGGCCCCGACACCUCCAGUGUCUGAGCCCCGCCUUGGGGAGCUGAAAGUGGAGGAGGCCACGCAACACAGCCUGCGUCUCUCCUGGGUGGUGACCCAGGGGGAGUUAGACUCCUUCGAGGUCCGGUACACAGAUGAACAUGGGCGUCUCCAAGUGGCCACCCUAGGGGGUGACCGAAGCGACAUCACGCUGUCUGGCCUGGAAUCUGACCACCGAUACCUGGUGACCCUCUAUGGUUUCCGGGACGGGCAGCGUGUGGGUCCUGCCCACACCGAGGCCCUGACGGCCGCACCCGAGGAGGAGGAUCAGCCUUCAGAACCUCCCCCCACCAAGCCGCGCCUGGGGCAGCUGGCUGUGACAGACGCCACCCCCGACUCCCUGAGCCUGUCCUGGACAGUCCCCGAGGGCCACUUUGACCACUUCCUGGUCCAGUACAAGAACGGGGACGGGCAGCCCAAGGCGGUGCGGGUGCCGGGGCACGAGGACGCCGUCACUAUCUCGGGCCUGGAGCCAGACCACAAGUACAAGAUGAACCUGUAUGGCUUCCACGGGGGCCAGCGCAUGGGGCCCGUGUCUGCCGUCGGGGUGACGGCUGCAGAAGAAGAGACCCCCGCCCCCACAGAGGUGGACGAGACCCCCAGCCCCACAGAGCCCAGCACGGAGGCCCCAGAGCCCCCCGAAGAGCCCCUCCUGGGGGAGCUGACGGUGACAGCAUCGUCCCCGGACUCGCUGGGCCUCUCCUGGACCGUCCCCCAGGGCCACUUCGACUCCUUCAGCAUCCAGUACAAGGACAGGGACGGGCGGCCCCAGGUGGUGCGGGUGCCGGGGCAUGAGGACGCCGUCACCAUCUUGGGCCUGGAGCCGGGGCGCAAGUACAGGAUGAACUUGUACGGCUUCCACGGGGGCCAGCGUGUGGGGCCCGUGUCUGCUGUUGGUUUAACAGCCGCAGCCCCAACAGAACCUGCCCCCACCACCCCCGAGCCCCCCCAAGCCGCGCCUGGGCAGCUGGCCGUGACAGACGCCACCCCCGACUCCCUGAGUCUGUCCUGGACGGUCCCCGAGGGCCACUUUGACCACUUCCUGGUCCAGUACAAGAACGGGGAUGGGCAGCCCAAGGCGGUGCGGGUGCCGGGGCACGAGGACGCUGUCACCAUCUCGGGCCUGGAGCCGGACCACAAGUACAAGAUGAACCUGUAUGGCUUCCACGGGGGCCAGCGUGUGGGGCCCGUGUCUGCUGUCGGGGUGACGGCUGCAGAGGAAGAAACCCCCGCCCCCACAGAGGUGGACGAGACCCCCACCCCCACAGAGCCCAGCACGGAGGCCCCAGAGCCCCCCGAGGAGCCCCUCCUGGGGGAGCUGACGGUGACAGCAUCGUCCCCGGACUCGCUGGGCCUCUCCUGGACCGUCCCCCAGGGCCACUUCGACUCCUUCAGCAUCCAGUACAAGGACAGGGACGGGCGGCCCCAGGUGGUACGAGUCGGGGGCGAGGAGAGCGAGGUGACCGUGUGGGGCCUGGAGCCGGGGCGCAAGUACAAGAUGCACCUGUAUGGCUUCCACGAGGGCCGGCGCGUGGGCCCCGUGUCCACCGUGGGCGUGACCGCCAUGCAGGAGGUGGUGGAUGAGACCCCCAGCCCCACAGAGCCCAGCACGGAGGCCCCAGAGCCCCCCGAGGAGCCCCUUCUUGGGGAGCUGACGGUGACAGCAUCGUCCCCGGACUCGCUGGGCCUCUCCUGGACCGUCCCCCAGGGCCACUUCGACUCCUUCAGCGUCCAGUACAAGGACAGGGACGGGCGGCCCCAAGUGGUGCGAGUCGGGGGCGAGGAGAGCGAGGUGACCGUGUGGGGCCUGGAGCCGGGGCGCAAGUACAAGAUGCACCUGUACGGCCUGCACGAGGGCCGGCGCGUGGGUCCUGUGUCCACCGUGGGCGUGACCGCUCCGGAGGCUGAAGCUGUGACCAUUCAGGCCCCUCCCACCACCACCCCUGAGCCCCCCACCAAGCCGCGCCUGGGGCAGCUGGCCGUGACAGACGCCACCCCCAACUCCCUGAGCCUGUCCUGGACGGUCCCCGAGGGCCACUUUGACCACUUCCUGGUCCAGUACAAGAACGGGGACGGGCAGCCCAAGGCAGUGCGGGUGCCGGGGCACGAGGACGCCGUCACCAUCUCGGGCCUGGAGCCGGACCACAAGUACAAGAUGAACCUGUAUGGCUUCCACGGGGGCCAGCGUGUGGGGCCCGUGUCUGCCGUCGGAGUGACGGCUGCAGAAGAAGAGACCCCCGCCCCCACAGAGGUGGACGAGACCCCCAGCCCCACAGAGCCCAGCACGGAGGCCCCAGAGCCCCCCGAGGAGCCCCUCCUGGGGGAGCUGACGGUGACAGCAUCGUCCCCGGACUCGCUGGGCCUCUCCUGGACCGUCCCCCAGGGCCACUUCGACUCCUUCAGCGUCCAGUACAAGGACAGGGACGGGCGGCCCCAGGUGGUGCGAGUCGGGGGCGAGGAGAGCGAGGUGACCGUGUGGGGCCUGGAGCCGGGACGCAAGUACAAGAUGAACCUGUAUGGCUUCCACGGGGGCCAGCGUGUGGGGCCUGUGUCUGCUGUCGGGGUGACAGCUGCAGAGGAAGAGACCCCCGCCCCCACAGAGGUGGAUGAGACCCCCAGCCCCACAGAGCCCAGCACGGAGGCCCCAGAGCCCCCCGAGGAGCCCCUCCUGGGGGAGCUGACGGUGACAGCAUCGUCCCCGGACUCGCUGGGCCUCUCCUGGACCGUCCCCCAGGGCCACUUCGACUCCUUCAGCGUCCAGUACAAGGACAGGGACGGGCGGCCCCAAGUGGUGCGAGUCGGGGGCGAGGAGAGCGAGGUGACCGUGUGGGGCCUGGAGCCGGGACGCAAGUACAAGAUGCACCUGUAUGGCCUGCACGAGGGCCGGCGCGUGGGCCCCGUGUCCACCGUGGGCGUGACUGCUCCGGAGGCUGAAGCUGUGACCAUUCAGGCCCCUCCCACCACCACCCCUGAGCCCCCCACCAAGCUGCGCCUGGGGCAGCUGGCCGUGACAGACGCCACCCCCGACUCCCUGAGCCUGUCCUGGACGGUCCCCGAGGGCCACUUUGACCACUUCCUGGUCCAGUACAAGAACGGGGACGGGCAGCCCAAGGCGGUGCGGGUGCCGGGGCACGAGGACGCCGUCACCAUCUCGGGCCUGGAGCCGGACCACAAGUACAAGAUGAACCUGUAUGGCUUCCACGGGGGCCAGCGUGUGGGGCCCGUGUCUGCUGUCGGGGUGACGGCUGCAGAAGAAGAAACCCCCGCCCCCACAGAGGUGGAUGAGACCCCCAGCCCCACAGAGCCCAGCACGGAGGCCCCAGAGCCCCCCGAGGAGCCCCUCCUGGGGGAGCUGACGGUGACAGCAUCAUCCCCGGACUCGCUGGGCCUCUCCUGGACCGUCCCCCAGGGCCACUUCGACUCCUUCAGCGUCCAGUACAAGGACAGGGACGGGCGGCCCCAAGUGGUGCGAGUCGGGGGCGAGGAGAGCGAGGUGACCGUGUGGGGCCUGGAGCCGGGGCGCAAGUACAAGAUGCACCUGUACGGCCUGCACGAGGGCCGGCGUGUGGGGCCCGUGUCUGCCAUCGGGGUGACAGCUGCAGAAGAAGAGACCCCCGCCCCCACAGAGGUGGACGAGACCCCCAGCCCCACAGAGCCCAGCACGGAGGCCCCAGAGCCCCCCGAGGAGCCCCUCCUGGGGGAGCUGACGGUGACAGCAUCGUCCCCGGACUCGCUGGGCCUCUCCUGGACCGUCCCCCAGGGCCACUUCGACUCCUUCAGCGUCCAGUACAAGGACAGGGACGGGCGGCCCCAAGUGGUGCGAGUCGGGGGCGAGGAGAGCGAGGUGACCGUGUGGGGCCUGGAGCCGGGACGCAAGUACAAGAUGCACCUGUACGGCCUGCACGAGGGCCGGCGCGUGGGCCCCGUGUCCACCGUGGGCAUGACCGCCCCCUUGCCCACACAGCCUCCCUUGGAGCCCCGCCUGGGGGAGCUGUCUGUGGGAACAGUGAGCUCAGAUGCCGUGCACCUCUCCUGGACGGUGGCCCAGGGUCCCUUCGACUCCUUCCUGGUCCAAUACAAGGAUGCACAGGGACAGCCGCAGUCAGUGCCAGCAAGCAGAGACCUCCGUGAGGUCACUGUCUCGGGGCUGGAGCCGGCCCGCAAGUACAAGUUCCUUCUGUUUGGACUCCAAGAUGGGAAACGCCAUGGCCCAGUGUCUGUGGAUGCAAAAACUGCCGCAGAUACGAAGCCCUCUCCCCGCCUGGGGGAGCUGACUGUGACAGACACAACUGCUGACUCUGUGCACCUCUCCUGGACGGUCCCCGAGGGUGAAUUCGACUCCUUUGUGGUCCAGCACAAGGACAGAGCUGGCCAGCUGCAAAUGGUGCCCGUGGCUGCAGACCAGCGCGAACUCACCGUCCACGGCCUGGAGCCCAGUAGGAAGUACAGGUUCCUGCUCUAUGGCCUGGCGGGCAGGAAGCGGCUGGGCCCCCUCUCUGCCGACGGCACCACGGCAUCCCUGGAGGAGGAGCCGCAGCCCCCACCCCGCCUGGGCGAGCUGGCAGUGACGGAUGAGAGCGUGGACUCCCUGCGCCUGGCGUGGACGGUGACCCAGGGCCGCUUUGAUGCCUUCGUGAUCCAGUACAGGGAUGCAGACAGGCAGCCGCAGGCAGUGCCUGUGGCUGCGGACCAGCGGGAGGCCACCAUAGAGGGCCUGGCGCCGGGCAGGAGAUACAAGUUCCUCCUCUACGGGCUCCUCCGAGGGAAGCGCCUGGGCCCCAUCUCAGCCCUGGGAGUGACAGCCCCCGAGGAGGACACACCAGCCCCCGAGGAGGACACACCGGCCCCCGACGAGGACACACCGGCCCCCGAGACCCCUGAGACCCCUGAGCACCGUGAAGAGCUCCGCCUGGGGGAGCUGGCGGUGACUGAUACAGCCCCCGACUCCCUGCGCCUCUCGUGGAGUGUGGCCCAGGGCCCCUUCGACUCUUUCGUGGUCCAGUAUCAGGACGCAGAGGGGCAGCCCCAGGCCUUGCUGGUGGACAGCGACCAGAACGAGGUCCUCAUCACGGCCCUGGAGCCCAGCACCACCUACAAGUUCUUCCUCUACGGGCUCCAUGAAGGGAUGCGCCUGGGACCCCUCUCAGUGGAGGGCACCACAGGGCCAGCUCCUGCUGGUCAGACCCCAGGGGUACUGGGGCCCCGUCUGUCCCAGUUGUCGGUGACCGAUGUGACCACCAGUUCACUGCGGCUCAACUGGGAGGCCCCACUCGGGGCCUUUGACUCCUUCCUGCUCCGCUUCGGGGUCCCCUCGCCGAGCACCCUGGAGCCGCACCUGCGACCUCUGCUGCAGCGGGAGCUGAUGGUGCCGGGCACGCGGCGCUCGGCCGUGCUCCGGGACCUGCGGCCCGGCACCCUGUACAGCCUAACGCUGUACGGGCUGCGGGGGCCGUACAAGGCCGACAGCAUCCAGGGCACCGCCCGCACCCUCAGCCCAGUUCUGGAGAGCCCCCGUGACCUCCAAUUCACUGACAUCAGAGAGACCUCAGCCAAGGUCACCUGGUUGCCCCCGCCCUCUAGGGUGGACAGCUUCAAAGUUUCCUACCAGCUGGCGGACGGAGGGGAGCCACAGAGUGUGCAGGUGGACGGCCGGGCCGAGACCCAUCAACUCCAGGGGCUGGCGCCAGGCACUCGCUACGAGGUGACCGUGGUAUCCGUCCGCGGCUUCGAGGAGAGUGAGCCUCUCACAGGCUUCCUCACCACGGCUCCCGACGGCCCUACUCAGCUUCGUGCCCUGAACUUAACCGACGGAUCUGCCCUGCUGCACUGGAAGCCCCCACAGGCCCCAGUGGACAAAUACAACGUCCGGGUCACAGCGCCCGGGGCCCCGCCCCUCCAGGCUUCAGCCCCAGGCAGCGCUGUGGACUACCCACUGCAGGACCUCGAACUCCACAUCAACUACACGGCCACCGUGCGUGGCCUGCGGGGCCCCAACUUCACCUCCCCGGCUAGCAUUUCCUUCACCACAGGAUUGAAGGCCCCCCAAGACCUGGAGGCCAAGGAGGUGACCCCUCGCACGGCCUUGCUCACUUGGACUGAACCCCAAGUCCCACCCACAGGCUACCUACUCAGCUUGGACACCCCUGGAGAACAGACCCAGGAGAUCCUGCUCCCGGGAGGGGUCACCUCGCACCAGCUCCUCGGCCUGUUUCCUUCCACCCUGUACAACGUGCGGCUCCACGCCAUGUGGGGCCAGAGCCUGACACCGCCCUUGUCCACCUCCUUCACCACCGGCGGGCUUCGGAUCCCCUUCCCCAGAGACUGCAUCGAGGAGAUGCAGAACGGCGUCGGCUCCUCAGGGACCACCACCAUCUUCCUCAACGGCAACCGCGAGCGGCCCCUGGACGUGUUCUGCGACAUGGAGACUGAUGGCGGCGGCUGGCUGGUGUUCCAGCGCCGCAUGGACGGACAGACGGACUUCUGGAGGGACUGGGAAGACUACGCCCACGGUUUUGGGAACAUCUCUGGGGAGUUCUGGCUGGGCAACGAGGCCCUGCACAGCCUGACGCAGGCGGGCGACUACUCCAUGCGCGUGGACCUGCGGGCGGGGGAUGAGGCCGUGUACGCGCAGUACGACUCCUUCCGCGUGGACUCGGCUGCCGAGCACUACCGCCUCCACCUGGAGGGCUACCGGGGCACUGCAGGGGACUCCAUGAGCUACCACAGCGGCAGCGUCUUUUCCGCUCGGGAUCGAGACCCCAACAACUUGCUCAUCUCCUGCGCUGUCUCCUACCGCGGGGCCUGGUGGUACCGGAACUGCCACUACGCCAACCUCAACGGGCUCUACGGGAGCAUCGUGGACCACCAGGGAGUGAGCUGGUACCACUGGAAGGGCUUCGACUUCUCGGUGCCCUUCACGGAAAUGAAGCUGAGACCAAGAAGCUACAGGUCGCCAGCAGAGGGCGGCUGAGCCGCGGCCCGCCUCUCGCACCCCGGUGUGACGGCCGAGCACUGAGGGGUCGCGCACGAGAGAGGAGGAGCCGGGGCUGCCCGGAAAAACCUUCUCUGCCCGCGAUCUCACAGCACCAUGUUUACAGGGGGGAGGGGAGGGUUUGUACAGGAGCAAUAAAGGAGAAACUGAGGCACGCGG